CGAAUAGCAGUGCGAACGCAUCGUUCUAGGAGUGCAGUCCGUCUGCGGUUUGGUAGCGAGCGGAAGCGCUUCCGAAUCCAUUCGCUUUCCACGUUUUGUCACGGGCACAGACAAAUGAGUGUCAUGCUAUUUCUCGGCGUUGUGCUUCCGAUGGUGCUGACCGGAGGAGGCUGCGAUGAAAUUCUGCGUUUUGAUAACAACGGGCCAGCCAAAAACACCACAGUGCCGGACACCCUGGCCCUACCUAGGGACGUUACGGUGGCUGCCGAUGAUGCGCAGGAAAUGCUGCGCGCGGCUGCCUCCUCGCCUUUCGCUGAAGGUGUCGCGGCGAGCCCCGAGUACAACAUCAGCGGCUCCGAGUCGACCUGGAGCACCGACCCACUGGCAGAGCCGGUAGCGCAGAUCAUCGUGGUAAGACACGGCGUAUCCGACUUUGCCACCGAGAGCGACGUGACGGAGCGUACCAACGAGGUGCUCAACGCUAGCGGAAAUCCGGACUCGCCUCUGCCUUUCCUUAAAGACAAACGCCAAGGCGGCUUCCAAGACGACGAAGGACGCAGGGCUGCAGAGCCAACGACGCCGGGUGGUGACGUGGCCAGCGUCCUGCAGCCACCACCACGGCUGUCUACCGAGACGUCCUUGGUGCCUGGUCACGACGUCCCGGCAGCCUCGGUGCCGGCUCGCCCUGCCUCGGAGCCGACCGAGGAGUGUACCGAAGAGGGUCGCGUGAGGAACAAGGAACGUCGCUCUGGCGUCGAGCCCAAGGUGAUGCCACGACUGCGCAUGGCCCCAAGGAAGUCGGUGAUGAGGCCACGCAAGAGCAGCCGCGGCACCCUGCGCAAGGUCAAAGUGGUGCUGUCACGCGCCAACCGCACCAACCGCACGACAACGACGCCCCCGCCGUCGCUACCACUGCUGCCGCCGCCUCCGCUGGCGGGAAGGGCCGACUCGGACAGGCUGACGCUGCGCGAGCGCGGUUGCCUGCCGCUGGAGACGAGCCCGGCGGUGCAGGACCGCUCGACGUGCCCGUUCCGCUUCCUGACCAGCUUCGACCGGCGCCGACUGCCCAGACUGGUUACCACCGUGCGCUGCAUGUGCCCCGGUAGCCCUUGCAGUUCACGGAGGGGCUACCGUUGCCUGGAGGUCAGCCGGCCAGUGACCCUGAUGCGCCGUGUAGGCAGGGUCUACGUCGACACGCUCGAAGAGAUGCCCGUGGCGUGUGUCUGCGCCUACGUUGGCCGCAAGUCGCGUGGCCGUAGCCCCUGAACAAAGUGCCACUGGCGCUCGUGUCUGACAAUGUCGAUGCCUUGCCAGGGAGCACGACAUUGAUUAAAGUAGGGCAGAUGUAGUUGGAUCUUUUUUGUGUAUUCUCUUUGAAAUUUGGUUUCUGAUUAUUAAAGGCGAGUAACAGUCUUC